AUGGACGGGCUUCCUACUUGUGCGGUGUCUUGCCUGGUGCAAGCCAUUCCUUCGUCCAACUGCUCGUUGACCGACAUCGCCUGUAUCUGUCUGGACCAGCAGCUCAGCGCGCAGGUUCAAGUAUGCGGGCUGCAGAGUUGCAGUAUCAAGGAUAACCUGAGGUCCGAGCGGGCGUUGUAUGAAAUAUGCGACUACCCCGUCACCGUCGACAACAAGGUCUUUCCGGUGCUCAUGUAUGUCGGCAUUGUCAUCUCGGCCAUUGUGGUUUCUCUUCGAGUCGCUGGUCGACUUAUCGCGUCGAGCUUUGGCUGGGAUGAUGCGGUUUCUUUACUCUCGAUGGGCACCGUCAUUGCGGUGACGGUCGUAGGCUUGUUGAAUGCACACUACGGCCUAGGAAAAGACCUCUGGUUCAUUCCCUUCAACGACAUCACCACAAUCCUCCACCUCUACUACACAAUCGAAGCCCUCUACGUCGCCUCCAUCGCGCUGUCAAAGAUGUCAAUGCUCCUCCUCUACCUCCGUCUCUUCCCAGACAAGCGCCUCCGCCUGAUCCUGAAGCUCAUCCUGGCCUUCACAACAGCCUGGGGCAUUGCCAUCCUGUUCGCCAACAUCUUUGCCUGCCAGCCCAUCUCCUACUUCUGGAACAUGUGGGACGGCGAGCAUAAGGGGAAGUGCCUGGAUGCCCAGCAGCUGCUCUGGGCGCAUGCGAUUAUUAAUAUUGUCCUUGACGUGGUUAUUGUCGGACUCCCGAUGCCCGCGCUCUUUAAGCUGAAUAUGUCCUGGAAGAGGAAGGCUUGGCUGGUGUUUAUGUUUUCUGCUGGUAUUGUGGUGACGGUCAUCUCCAUCCUCCGCUUCAUCCACUCGCUCACCUUCGAUUUCCUGGAUAACUUCACCAAAACCGUCGUCCCCGUCUCAAUCUACUCCCUCCUGGAAGUCUACCUCUCCAUCAUCGUCGCCUCCCUCCCCGGCGUCCGCGCCUUGCUCGCCUACAUCCACACCGCCGUAAACGGUAAACCCUCCUCCUAUAAAUACGACUACAAGUACACCGGCCCCUCGGGCGCAAGCGGUGCGGCGGCUACGACCACGAGCCUCAUCCCCCCGCCCUCUGCUGUCCGCGCUGGCACGUUUGAUGUUGAUGCUGAGACUGCGAAGGGGGGCGAGUUUAUUGCGCUGGAGGAGACGCGGAGCCAGAGUCGGGUGGAUGGGUAUGUUGAUAGUCGGGGGGCGAGUCGUGCGGAGAGUAGGACGCGGACGCGCACGCGGAGUGAGAGUCGGAGUCGCUCCAGGGCUAGGGGGAUGAGUCAGGGGCGCUCUGAGAGUCGGGCGACGGGUCAGGGGAGGAGGGUUAGUAAGGCUUGGUUUGAUUAG